AUGGAAGGAAUAGAACACAGAACAGUUGAAGUUAAUGGCAUCAAAAUGCAUGUUGCAGAGAAAGGCAAAGAAGGACCAGUUGUAUUGUUCCUUCACGGCUUCCCUGAACUCUGGUACUCCUGGCGCCACCAGAUUGCUGCUAUCGGCUCACUCGGUUACCGCGCGGUGGCUCCUGAUCUCCGUGGCUAUGGAGACACGGAAGCUCCCUCUUCGAUUAGCAGCUACACAAUUUUCCAUUUGGUUGGUGAUAUUGUUGCUCUGAUCGACUCACUCGGUGUUGAACAAGUGUUUCUGGUGGCUCAUGAUUGGGGUGCUCUCAUUGGUUGGAAUCUCUGUUUGCUUCGACCUGAGAAAGUGAAAGCUUACGUGUGUUUGAGUGUUCCAUAUUUUCCGAGAAAUCCCAAAAUCAAGCCGGUUGAUGGCAUGCGAGCUUUGUUUGGUGAUGAUUAUUAUGUCUGCAAAUUUCAGGAACCAGGGAUAAUAGAAGCUGAAUUUGCAAAAGGUACCACAGAACUGGUGCUCAAGCAUAUGCUUACAACCAGGGAUCCUGGGCCGCCAAUCAUACCCAAAGAGGGAACGGUUCCUAACCCUCAAGAUUUAAUUUCAAAGCCCCUCCCUUCAUGGCUCUCUCAAGAAGACCUCAAUUACUAUGCUUCUAAAUUCGAAAACACAGGAUUCACAGGUGGCCUUAACUACUACAGAAACCUCAACUUAAAUUGGGAGCUGACAGCAGCAUGGACUGGAGCACAAAUUAAGGUACCAGUGAAGUUCAUCACAGGUGAUUUGGAUUUAGUUUAUGUUUCAAUGGGUACAAAGCAAUAUAUUGAGAGUGGUGGUUUCAAGAAACAUGUGCCAAAUUUAGAGGAAGUGGUUAUUCAAGAAGGUGUGGCUCACUUUAACAACCAAGAAGCUGCUAGGGAUGUCAGCAAUCACAUUUAUGAGUUUAUCAAGAAGUUCUGA